GUUAAUAUUUGUCGGCGCAGGGCUCUGGUGCACCCAUAAAUUAUUUUUGCUUGGCAUUAUCAAAAAAAGCUAAUAAACAAAGUAAUAUAAAUUAAAUAACAUUAAAAAUUUAGAUGCUAGAUAACAAAACAUAAUAACAAUUUAGUUUAUUAUUUGACACCCAACAAAAUGCAAGCUCAUGCCAAGGAAACUCCCCAAGAAGAAUUGGAAAAAUUGGUCAUAGUCACCGGCUUUGGACCAUUUAUAGGACAUGAAUCAGUAAAUGCUAGUUGGGAGGCGGUACGCUUACUGCCCGAUGAAAUUUUCCAUCAAAAUACUGCCUACAAAUUGGAAAAAUUAGAAGUACCUGUUGAAUAUGAAGCGGUAGACAAGGCUGUUGAAGACAUAUGGUCACGACGUCCCACUUUGGUUAUACACUGUGGUGUACAUGGCAUGGCUACUUGUGUUAAUGUGGAAAAAUUGGCCUAUAAUAACAAUUUCAAAAGGGCCGACUAUGCCGGCAAACAUUUGCCAAAUGCCACGGCCUGUUUGAAAAAUUGUCCAGCCAAAAAGUCCGCCAUAUUUUGUAAAUUAAAUUUGAAAAAAAUUAUAGAGGUAAUAAGUGAUAAUUGCGGCUGCACACCGGAUUAUGCUAAGGAAGAUAAUAAAACCGAGGAAAUUACAAAAAUUGCCCGCAUAUCCAAAGAAGUGGGCAAUUAUUUGUGUGGUUAUAUUUAUUUGAAAUCCCUGGAUCGUGACUGCUGCCGUACACUCUUUGUACAUGUACCGCCUUUGGAUAAACCCUUUAGUGCUGAGAAACUAAGUGAGGUGGUUUUGAAAAUCACCGAGGAAUGUUUGAGACAAGUAUUGGAAGAAGUUAUACACAAUGAGAUCAUACAACAACCACACAACAAGGCCAACGAAUCUAAAAAAAAGCUGCUAAAACCAAAAAAGAGGGCAUACUUUUGGGCUGGACCGUAAAUUGUGUAUUCCUCAACAGUAUUAACAAUUAUUUGCUUUUACGAAUAAAGAAACAUAUAUUACAGGAACAUA